UUUAAAUUUUGAAAUAAAGUUUUGGACUUCUCACAUCACGAAGGGGCAGUAAUUGCUUGUGAAUCGGUCGGUGUUCGAAGCUAUCCGUCGCCAUAUCUGAAACAGAUCUUCAAGAUCGGCCGGCAAAGCUGGUCAAAUCUCGCAGGAUAAUAUAAGGUAGACACAGAUGGUGAGAGUUGCUUCUGAUGGAGGAACUGGGCGUCGUUUACCGCAGUGGAUGCUGGGAGUUCGUUCUGAUGACCAAGUACAGAGAUCUAAUGAUGUAGAGGACAACAAGAAGAGUCUAGAGGAAGAACUUGAUUCUCAAGCUUCCCUAGCCAAGGAAGCAAAUUUGGUUAGAUGUUCUCGAAAAUCAGUGUUGCAACAACAGAAAGAAAUUUUGAUGGAUGAUUCGUGCAUUCUGGAUUGUGAAUCUAAUAAAAGAAAGGGAAGAAAACUAAAAUCAAGUCAAAUUGAUGAGGCUAAGGAUGCUGAUGACCUUGGGGCAGUCCGAGCUAAGAAAUCGAAUAGACUUAGAAGGAAGCCUCUGAGCUCUGCUUUGGAAAAAAGAAAAAGACAUAGGAACUUGGGAUCUAUAAGCAAUUUGGAUAUCCAAGUCCAAUCUCCGGGUGGUGAUGAUAUGGAACUGACAGUGGAAGAUCUAAUGGUCAUUGCAAAAGAGUAUGUUGAAGCUGACAUGGAUAGCGAUGAUAAGCACAAAAUAUCCGGAGAACGUGAAUCUAGUAGAAUAAAUCAAAGAACAAGCUACACCAUGAAUCAAGCUGAAGGAUCUUUUAAUACUAAUAAUGAUAGCAGGCAGAGUUCACUGGAUCUUAAAACCUCAAUUCCUCAUGGUUUAACUGCAACUUCAGGUGGUGAAAAUGUUGAUACAGGUGUCAGGACAAUGGGAGAUCCUGCGAAGGACAUGCUGGAUUUGUUUUUGGGGCCUUUGCUUAAGAAGUCUGUAGAGAUUGAGCAAUCCAAAUUUCUUGCAACAGAUGUACAAUUUUCUUGUGACUUAAUGAGUCAAAAUCAAAGGCAUAAUGAUAAUGUUGGAGAAGUAGUCUCAGUAACGAAGAAGAAGAGCAGCCUGAGAGAUAAGGUAGCAAUAUUUCUUGGCUAAAUAAAACAGAUAAAUCUGUCACAGUGAUGUUUCAAGAGAAAGUAGAUAUGCCGAGAUGUUUCUUGAUCCAUAAUAAUUGGAUGACAAGGUGGCUGAUACUUGGCUACUUGCACUCAUUUUGCUUUAACUGAUAUCAUCAAGAUGAUGGAUCAGAGUGUCUAUAAGGUGAAGGCUGUCUGCAACUCCCAAUUUGAGAGUGAUAAGAGGGGCAAAGGAAGUAUGCUAUCGAAUAUCUUUCCCGCUUCGGAUUAGCCACAACUCUGUGCUUUGCACUCUUGUAUGUAUCGUUGCU